AUAUGUAAGUAGAUAGAUACUUUUGGUAGGUGCCUGUAUUGAGUGCGUACGUUUAUUUUCUUUUUUCUUGAAUGGAGGAAAAAUAGAAAAUGAAUUUUAUUCAUUCUAAAUCAAAUCUGUGGACUUUUUAUAAUUUUAAAUAGACUUUAUUUAUAAUUGUACUAAGUAAUGUCGCUCAAUUUUUCCAUUUUUUCUUAAAUGUAAAUAAAUAUGGAUAAGGACCUACCGAGGCUAAAAUUAUUUAGGGAUGGGGAGUUUGAUGUGGAAAUCAAUGAGUUGUUCAAUAAAAAGUUCAGCUUUCGAUUUAACAACAGCUGGAAAUUGCCGGAUUGUAAACUUUGGUUCUCCACUCCGCCUUGGAAGGUUAAAGACUUGGAAGUGUUGAAGAGUCGUUUGAAUUUCCACAAGAGCCAGUUGAAUGACUUUAAUAUUGAGGAAUGGAGCAGUCACACACGUCGGAGAAAUCCUGCCGGUGAAGUGGGUUGGAAAAUAAGAUGCAUUGUUAACCCUGAAUUCCUGACACAAGCCUGGACAAAGUUUUACGAGUGUGCAAGUACAUACAAUAUAAUCCCGAAGGAAGUAAUGACUGCUAAAAAAUUUGUAUCCCUACAUUUGUGUGAAGCUCCUGGUGCAUUUAUAACAUCAUUGAAUCACUACCUGAAAUUGAAUUAUCCCGAGAUUGAAUGGAAAUGGGUUGCAAACACACUAAACCCAUAUUAUGAGGGCAACUCUCCAUCAAACAUGAUCAGUGAUGAUCGCUUCAUGUUUCACACGCUGGACAACUGGGAUUUUGGUGUAGAUAACACUGGCAACCUCAUGGACUGGGACAACUCACAAGCGACCAUCAAGAAGGCAGUAUCAUUGGGGAAUGUAUUGUUGGUGACAGCUGAUGGCUCAAUCGACUGCAUGCAGCGACCCGAUGCUCAGGAAGAGGUGACAUCACCCUUACACUACUGUGAAAUCAUCACUGCCUUGCAGGCACUCAGUUCAGGUGGCACAUUUAUAUUCAAACUUUUCACUUUAUUUGAACACUCUACUGUGAAUCUCCUUUACCUUAUCAAUCAUUUGUUUGAAGAAGUCAAUAUUUACAAGCCAGUAACAUCGCGACAGGGGAACUCUGAAGUCUAUGCUGUAUGCAUCAACUACAAAGGAAGUGCCUAUUUAGAGAAAUUCAUAUCGAUCUUGAGGACUGCUUACGGAACAGAAAAAUAUAGUAGUAUGGCCUUGUUCCCACUAGAAGAGAUUCCUGAUAGCUAUUUAAAGCAGGUUCAUGAAUGUGCCCACUAUUUCUGUGUACUGCAAUGUCAGGUCAUCAAUAACAAUCUGCAGGCAUAUCUGAUGCAGAAUAAUAUCUCCUUACACAGAGACAUGAAGAGAGUCCGCGCACUUGUCGCCACAGAGUUCAUUUGGCGGUACGGAGUGAAACCUUUGGAUGCAGUACACGAAAUAUUAAAAGGUGCACUUCACGAAGAGUGCAAAACCAACAUGAAUCCGAGAUACCAUCGUGGCUCAUACACAGAACGACAGCUUUAUACCAAGAUGUCCAUAAAGGAGAAGUCAAAAACUAUAAACUCACUACUGCAAGCUGAAAUAAUGUCAAAUCCCUCAAUUAUAAUAAACGAUCCUGUGAAAUGGUCACAGAGUUGUAAUGAAGAGACAAGGUUAAAACUGGUGUUUACAUAUGGCCGUCCUUUGCAGAAGAUAAAUAGCUCCAAGUUCAUAUUUGUGCCUAUUUUCAGAUUAUAUCAGCAGAUCUUAGCUGAGGAUGAGUUUAAAGAGAUCCUAUUCAGCAAGGACUUCAAGGAAUAUAAAAAUAAUCACAAAGAUUUGGGUAUAGAAAUAGACAAGGUGUUGGACUUACCAGAGUUCGAUUAUUCAGAGAGUUACAGUGUAUAUGAAAAGAAUUGUUUUUUCAGACUUCAUAAUGCACUGAAAGAACUGUCUCUGGGCCAGACUUUGUUGAUAAAGAAUCUAAAUACACUUACACAUUUCAAUGUAAGUUUUUUAUUCAUUGUGUCAAAGAGUUUUGAAAAGACUGGUUUUAUGCCUUCUGGUAUUAUUUUGUGUACUUUGAUGAAUAAACAUGCUAUGACCUAUUUGGAUGUUAUAGAGAAUGAAUGUGUGAAAUUGCAAAAUGAAGACGCAAGGGAUUUAUUAAAUUCAUUACCAGUGCAGACAACAAAUGUGGGGGUGUUCUUUGAUAAUAUUGUAUUGUACAACAACACUUUUUACCGGAACAAGUGUACAGAAUAUUUGUAUACUAUAGAACGAAGCCUAUAAUUAUAUAACGUCAUAGCAUAAGAAGUCGAUACGUAUUUUACUAUUUGGUAGAUACAUUUAAAAAAGAUAUAUUCAUAAUAUUUUUAUAAUGUUAUUCAUCGUUGUUGUCAUGCUAUUACUGUGAAUCUAAUUUUAUGGUAAUAAAAUUCCUGAAUGUUG